GGCGGCGGCGGCGGGGGCGCCAUGGCGGCGCCGGGUGGCGGGCCCUGAGCGCCGCGGCGGGCGCGCACCAUGAACUCGUGGGACGCGGGCCUGGCGGGGCUGCUGGUGGGCACGAUGGGCGUCUCGCUGCUGUCCAACGCGCUGGUGCUGCUGUGCCUGCUGCACAGCGCCGACAUCCGCCGCCAGGCGCCGGCGCUCUUCACCCUCAACCUCACGUGCGGCAACCUGCUGUGCACCGUGCUCAACAUGCCGCUCACGCUGGCCGGCGUCGUGGCGCAGCGGCAGCCCGCCGGGGACCGCCUGUGCCGCCUGGCCGCCUUCCUCGACACCUUCCUGGCCACCAACUCCAUGCUCAGCAUGGCGGCGCUCAGCAUCGACCGCUGGGUGGCCGUGGUCUUCCCGCUGAGCUACCGCGCCAAGAUGCGCCUCCGCGACGCCGCGCUCAUGGUGGCCUACACGUGGCUGCACGCGCUCGCCUUCCCCGCCGCCGCGCUCGCCCUGUCCUGGCUCGGCUUCCACCAGCUGUACGCGUCGUGCACGCUGUGCAGCCGGCGGCCGGACGAGCGCCUGCGCUUCGCCGUCUUCACGGGCGCCUUCCACGCGCUCAGCUUCCUGCUGUCCUUCGUCGUGCUCUGCUGCACGUACCUCAAGGUGCUCAAGGUGGCUCGCUUCCACUGCAAGCGCAUCGACGUGAUCACCAUGCAGACGCUCGUGCUGCUCGUGGACAUCCACCCCAGUGUGCGGGAGCGCUGUCUGGAGGAACAGAAAAGGAGGCGGCAGCGUGCCACCAAGAAGAUCAGCACCUUCAUAGGGACCUUCCUUGUAUGCUUUGCACCCUACGUGAUCACCAGGCUGGUGGAGCUGUCCUCCUCGGUGCCCAUCGGCUCCCACUGGGGGGUGCUGUCCAAGUGCUUGGCCUACAGCAAGGCCGCGUCGGACCCCUUCGUGUACUCCUUACUGCGACACCAGUACCGCAAAAGCUGCAAAGAGAUCCUGAACAGGAUCCUCCACAGACGCUCCCUCCACUCCUCGGGCCUCACGGGCGACUCCCACAGCCAGAACAUUCUGCCGGUCUCCGAGUGAAGGACGCCGCUCUUGCUGGAGAUGGAGGAAUGAGACAGUUGGUGAGAAGCAGGGAGGGAGGGCUCGGGGUCCUGGGUGGACUCCCCCAGCUGCCACCCCCCUGGCCGGCCCAGCGAUGCCUGCUCCCUGGUUCCUCAAGGGCAGAGGUUGGACCGUCCCUGUUUUGCACCAAAGGAUGACCAUGGUUACUCGCUCUGGGCUUUCCUUUCAGAGGAGCUCCUUUGAGCUCCUGGACUCAACCAGAGACUCCCCAGGAGUGACGACAAGUCUGGUCACGAUCAAGGACACGCGGCGCUGGUGGCAGGUGGGGAAGCAUGGUGUCCACCUGCUCCCUAACCACUGGGCGUUGGGCUCCACGCUGAAGAGUGGUGGUGGUCUCCAUGGGACGUGAGUCAUGCUGAACGUGAGGUUGGCAGCGGCCUUUCAGCCUUACCUCCAGCAUGGCUGCUCUUCUCCAUGUGGUUGUGGUGGCGGCUUUAACCCAAAUAUCAUCCAGCUGGUAGUCACCAAAUUGUGCUCAGCUGGGACUCGGGACCCUGAGUCCCAGGGGAAAAUGUUGAACAACUCGCAGCUGCCCCAUUGUGGCCGAGCAGUGGUCUUAGAAAUGGUUCUGUUGGGUUGAACUCUGGUCCCCCACGCGCCCACAAGAGCCAACAUUUGCGUGUGUAGACAAUCUUAGCCUGAAAAUGGUUUAAAUAGGCAGUCACCUCCUUCUGAUUCACCCGUCCUAACUGCUGGAGCCAAGGAGAGGCAGGAGGAAGGAGGCUGCCUGGUGCCCCCACCCCUGGUUGUGACCUGAAUUUGCAGGAGGCCCUUUACCUCCUCUCAUGCAUCUCGUCUACCCCGUCCUGUGAG